AUGUCGUCUUCCUCGUUCGACCUCCUGCUGAAGCCGUCGUGCGGCGGCUGCAGCUCCACCACGGACCUCUAUGGCAGCAACUGCAAGCACAUGACGCUGUGUCUGUCCUGCGGGAAGACCAUGGCGGAGAAUCGUGCAAGGUGUUACGAGUGCGGUACCACGAUCACUACGCUGAUCCGGGUGAGGCUUCCUCAACUUCACUUCACUCCUCCGCUCCCGCGUGAUCAUGAACCUUUUGGACCGAUUAGGGCAUGAGUGAGGGAAGUCUUUGCUCGUUGUUUGGGUUGUCGUGUGUUCUCAGGUUUUUAAUUCUUCUUUCGAGGUCAAUAUUCUUGGCGUCGUUUGAAAUUUUUCUUCUUUAAUUCUUAAAACUGUUCUCCUAUGCUUUUUCGGUGCGGGAGCAUAGGAUGUUAAUUUUUUUUGUCGGGAAGUUAGUUCACAUUUGAAUUUGCGUUCUGAUCGUCUCAUGGCGGUAGUUUUAUACUGCUUAUUUGUUUAUCCUUUCCCUCUUUACGCAGGAAUAUAAUGUUCGAGCGAGCACUAGUAGCGAUAAGUCCUUCUACAUAGGCAGAUUUGUCACAGGUUUGCCGCCUUUUUCGAGGAAAAAGAGCGCCGAAAAUAAGUGGACCCUCCAGAAGGAAGGACUUCAGGGCCGUCAGAUGACUGAUGGCCUUAAGGUAUUCAAUGUUAUUUCGUUGUGGAUAAUUGUAAAAUGCUGGAAUCUCAGUGUCUCGUUUUUUACGCUCAAAUAUAUAUUUCGGCCUAGGCGCGACACUUUGGUUCUCUCUGUAUUCAUUCUAUACCAAUUCUCCAUUCUCUUUAUAAUUAUUGAAUGAUUCAUCUCAUGCUUGAUUUCCUUCUUGACGGGUGAUGUGUCGUGAAACGGUGAGUAGGUGCAGCCGUUUAGUAGAUAUCCUUGUACUCGGUGGAGUAUCAUGUCAGAGUCAAAUUUUGACAAUGUUUAGAUUCAUCUCUUGUCUUAUGGAAGGAACUUGGUUCCUUUGCAUCUAUCAAAACAUUGCUUUCUGUAAUACCGUGAUGGUUUUCUCUGUGAAAGAACUGGAUCCUAUACGAGAUGUUUGCCUGAAAAUUUUCAAAUCAGUAGCUCAGCUGCUGGGUCACUAUUGAGAUAGAUUGGCCAUGUUUCUCGGCAAGGAAUGAGAGGAAGAAGACUAUGGAAAAAUCAUUUAACUUGAACAAAUGUAGUUGUAGAGAAAACGAAAAUUGCAGAUAAUACAUUUGUCGGGAAGGCUUUAGAAACAGAUCUCAAGGAUGAGACUCAGAGGAAUAAAUUGGAACGGAAAUGAGAUAUAAUCAUUGAAUUUUUCGAGUUUCCCUUGUUAAAAUCAUGAUUCGAAUGUGGGUGAUAAUUGUCUGAAGGAUUUGUUGGAAUACUCAAAUUUGGAAUAAUAACCAGAGCCUUACUUUUUUACCAUGAACAUGAGUUUUGAUUAAUGAGAGAGAGGGAGACCUAGGAAGCUUGAUUGGCUAAAAUAUGGGGAAAGGAAGCCAUCUAGGUUUUGAGCAUAAGCAUUUUUUUCUUCUUUUUCUCCGUAUAACAGGUUGAAGUUGUUGAGCUAAUUAGGGCUGUGGAGGUGGAUCAUAAGUAUUAAAUCCCCGUGUUUUUCUAAGCAAGCAAAUUUUACCUACCCAGAGACAAGAAUAUCAUUUGAAACCCUAAUCUCGUGGAAGACGAAUGGAGACGUGUUUUGAAGGUGAAUUUUUUUGUUAUUUUAGCUUGUUACCCAUUCCCCUUCUAUCUAGUGCCCCAUUGGAUUUGUAUACACUGGUCGUAACGAUAUUUUUGUUCAGCAUGUUCCUUUAGUCCCUUAGGGAUGAGGAUAGUUGCUUGAUGGAGGUGUACAUGUAAAAUGAAUUUGCUUUAUAGGAAAUUAUUUAUUUCGUUGGUUGAACUUUCAAUAUAGACGUACGGAAUACCCUUUCGAUUGAGUAGUGCUCUGCAUUGAUUGGGGCAUAAGUUAGCGUCGCCCUUUCAGCUAGAGAGUGACUACUUAGACAUCCGGAAUCUGAAGACUAAAAGUUGUCUUUCGUCUGUUUAGUGACGAGAUAAGGUAUGGGAUUUUUUCUCGCGGGAUUGGGAAGACAUAAAGGCUCUUCUUAAGGUGAACACGAAUAGGGAUGAACGAAGAAAAAAAGAUUGGGAAGACUGAACAAUUUUUGGGGAGCAAUGAUCAAAUUUCUCUUCUGGUUAGGGAAUUAAGAUGCAUUGUCUGUUUAGUUGCAUUUUUUCCAUGGAAUCAUGAGAAAGUCUCGUUUCUAUUUCCUUCUACUGAAGGACCUAAUGCGGAAAAGAAUAAUAAUCAUACUGAUGAGAUAUUGUAGCAAAUAGACUUUUUUGUGGAUAAAAGAAACUUUCAGCCAAAAAUAUGUUUAGUUGGAUGCAGUAGAGACUCUUUACAUAUGCAUUCAGGAGGAUGCAUAUUUAAAGCCAAAGUGGAGGCGUGUUUACUAUUUUGAUCGUGAUUCUGUAUUUCGUAUUUUUCGCACAAGCUGUGUUUUUAUCUGUCAGUGCUUCCCAAACCUACCUUUUUCUGGAAGUGUAGAUAGUCGCCAGCUACCAUGGAAUACCCCUUUUUUUCUUUUUAUUUUUUAAUACUUGUACAAUUUUCUUGCUGUUUUAUUUUCUUUGGUUUGAUGUAUAGCAUUGGUCAAUCAGUUUCUUCAUCCGUUAAACAGGAGAAGUUCAAAAAUAAGCCGUGGCUUUUGGAGGAUGAAACUGGUCAGCAUCAAUAUUCUGGCCAGCUUGAAGGUACACAGUCUGCGACAUACUAUCUUCUAAUGAUGCAAGGAAAGGAGUUUGUUGCUACGCCUGCUGGAUCCUGGUACUUAUCCAACUUAGAUAAUUUGUUUCUCUUUUUCUUUAAGAAAUUAUUCUCUGUGCAUUGAUCAUUCCAAGCCAAAGGUUUGCCAGGGUAAAUUCAGACUUGAAAUUUAACGUAUUUUUUUGGCAUCCUCCUUGAAUUCCAAGUAGUGUUUUUCUAAAAAGUAUUUUUUUCUCUUUCUCAGGUACAACUUCAACAAGGUAGCCCAAUACAAGCAACUUACAUUGGAAGAAGCUGAAGAGAAGAUGAACAAAAGGAAGAGCAAUGCUACGGGAUAUGAGAGAUGGAUGAUGAAAGCUGCUACAAAUGGACCUGCUGCUUUUGGUGAAGUUAACAGUGAGGUGUUGACUAGUUCCAGAACUGAAGCAAAUCGACCUAGGAGAGGAAAAGGUGAUGAAGAUGGAAACCUCUCGGACAAAGGUGAGGAAGAUUUAGAAGAAGAGGAAAAUAGGAAGAGUAGGUUGGGACUCAAUAAAAAGGGCGUCGAUGAUGACGAAGAGGGAGGCAAAGGAGGAGAUUUUGACUUUGACGAUGAUGACAUUGAAAAGGGUGAGUUCCUCCCUAGAGUUUCUACUUAAGUUAUCAUCAUGGAGUUCUAGUUUAUUUCAUUCUAUUAAGUUAGUCACCAUAAACGAAGAAGGAACAAGAUUGAAGCCAGAUGGUAUCUGUGUUAAAAUUGUGUUGUUUUCCUCAUCAUUCUCAUACUCGGUAAUUUUAUACUACAGAGGGCUUACAAGAUUUUCUUUUGAAAUUUUGAGAUACAUGUUACAUCAUCAAUUGCAGAGCAUAAAAAUGAAGCCAAAAGCAAAAUUUAAAGGAAAGCAUUAUAAAUCUGCACCUUCUAGCUGGCUUGAAUGUCUCGCAUAUUUUUAUUUGUAGACCUUUCAUUACCAAGCAAUAUCAUUUCGCGUUGUCAGUCCAUCAUGUUCUCAGUGGAUUUGACAGGGGUUUAAUUAUGACCACUGUUCAUUUUAAAUUCACAUGCAAACAGUUAGUGAAUGUCUAUUCUUAAUAUAUUCCAUUUAACAAUUCCCGUUUAAUGUUUCUCAGAAGACGUCGAAACCUGUUUUCCAAUUUUAAUUUGCUUUUGAAGAAAGCAAAUUAAAAUGGGAAUAUGUUUGGAGUGGGGAAUAUGUUUUACCAUAAUGUGCCGUUUAUUUUCAUUCAUGAAGAAAGAAUAACUUUCAGAAUUUCCAAUGGCUAAAACCCUGCUUUUGAAGUAAUUAUUGUUAGAAACAAAGGGAAAAAGGAAUGAGAAUUGUCAUAAGCUAAACCUGUAUCAAUGGAAAAGUAGGUGCUGAGAAUGAGGGUAUCGAUGGCUUCAACCCAACAACUCCGUCCCAAGUUACAGCCCCAUUCCGAGAGUUAAACUCAUGAAUAUUGCUUUUAAUUGUUCCUUUUUGUCAGGAGUUUUAACCAGUUUGGAAGUGGUUACCUUAAUGGAAAAGUAGAUGUUACUGCGUGAAAACCAAUGAUUUGACAAUUACCAGUGUCAUGAGUCUGACGAGCUUUGAAGUGGUCAUCUUCUUGGAUGGGUAGGAGAUGCCAAUGCAUGAAAUGUCAUGAUUUGACAAUUACCGGUGAAAGUUCUGAUCUGAUUUUUCUUGCAAAAGUUGCUAUGAAAUGCAUGCUCUCGCUUAGUGUAAUUUUAUGGAUGGUUCAUUGUACAUGUUAAUUGUAAUUUGUUAUUAGAAUAGAUGAAACAGGUGAAGUUUUAAUUUCUUUAGAAAAAAUAAAGUUAAGAACAUAUUAUUUGACCUGUAAAAGGUGAUAGAUUCAGGACAUGUAUUCUUGAAUCCUACUAAUUUCACUUGGGAAAAGGAUCAAAUACUUUACGUUUCUUAGUUAGAAAACAUCUCACAAUUCAUCAUCCCAAUUAAAAACAUAUUAUGAGUACAUCCCAAAGUGUAUUGAAAAUAAUUAGUUGUUUCAAUUUUCGGAAAACGAUAGGAUAACCUAUCACAGGGUUUUCUAUGAGUAGUUGUGGGAUGUCCGUCUGUGCUCUUGAUCUAAUACCCUUAUUGACUCUAGGUGAUGACUGGGAGCAUGAAGAGAUCUUCACCGACGAUGAUGAGGCUGUUGGCAAUGAUCCUGAGGAACGAGAAGAAUUGGCUCCCGAAAUUCCUGCUCCCCCCGAAAUCAAGCAGGUUCGAGUGCUAUAAUUCGUUCCAAUAUUAAUACUUGCGUUUUUCAGAAAGUUUUGUUGCAAUGAUUGGUGGCUUGCAUGAUAUAAGGAUAUGAUGUAUUGCUGUCAUGCAUUGUUAGCUCCACUUGUCCAAACUUUCUCAAAAUAGUUACUUGUCAUGUAAAUGAGAGCUUUGGAUGAAACCCAAGUGUAUGCCAACUGUCAGAAAACUAAGAAUUCUAGGCAACUCCAGGGAUUGAUCAUAUUUGCCGCGUUGAUUCCUGUGAAUGUUUUCAGGACGAAGAUGAUGAGGGUGAAGAGGAAGGUGGGCUGAGUAAAUCUGGGAAGGAGCUGAAGAAGUUGCUUGGGCGGACUGGCGGACUUAAUGAGUCGGAGCCGGAGGAUGAGGAAGAUGAAGAUGAGGAUGUAACUCCACUCGUUCAACUCUCUCUUUCUCUCUCUCUCGCUCUCUCUGUCUCCCCCUCCCUCCCUCCCUCCCCUCUUCUAUUGCCAAUCUCAGAUCGGUAGAGAGAGAGUGUGGUAAUUUUUCAAACCCAGACACAAAUUCUCUUCAUAUUGGUGGCCACAAGUCAGCUUUUUCUUGUCUCUCUACCCGCUUCUCUCUCUCUCUCCCUCUCUCUCACUUACUUGCUCUCUCACUCUAAGUGUGUAUCUAUAUAUAUAGUCUUUUAUAAAAGCGCUAAUAUAUUUGCCCUGGAUUGCAGGUGGAGGAUGAGGUCGGCUUGUCCCCUGUAUUAGCUCCAAAACAGAAGGACCUUCCCAAAGAAGAACCUGCUGAAACAACUCCUUCUAAACCUGCACCUUCAGCAGCCACCAAGGGGACUCCUACCUCCGCUAAGCCGUCAAAGUCAAAGAGGAAACUUGGUGGCGACGAAGUAAAAACUCCGAUAGGAGGAACCGUCAAGAAAGUGAAGACAGAAGCUGUAUGUUCCAAUUUUCUCCCAGAACCCAUUAUCUUACCCAUAAAUAUACAUCUUAUUCUAUUUUUGGAUUGCACAUCUGAUUCAGGAAUCAAGGCCGCCAUCUACGAAAGAAGAACCAGCAUCAACCUCCAAGCCCAGUGCAGCCACGGGCUCCUUGCCGCAGAGUGGAGCUGCUUCGGCACAGUCUGGUGCCCCAGUCACAGAAGACGAAAUCAGGGCCGCUCUGGUGGUGAUGUCCCCAGUGACAACCCAGGACUUAGUCGCAAAGUUCAAGCCCAGACUUCGAUCAUCAGAGGUGGUUCUCUGUCAAAAUCCCCAUCUGUUCAUACCAUUCAUGAUUCAGCCCUGUUUCCUCAUACGCCGUUGGAAGGGUUCUGCGAGAUCGCUUACAUCUCAUUCAAAAUUUCUUUUUUCAUCCGAAGAUCACUUAUUAUUCUAUUUUCGGACUGCACAUCUGAUUCAGGAAUCAAGACGGCCAUUUAUUUUUGCAACUCUCUGUAGAGGGGUUUAGCAUGAUCUUUAUCUCUGGUGCAGGAUAAGAAGGCAUUCGCUGAGAUCUUGAAGAGGAUUUCAAAGAUACAGAAGACAAACGGAGCCAACUACGUAGUCUUGAGGGACAAAUGA